AUGGACCGCAGCAAAGGUGAAGAGGAUGAGGAGCAGCAGGCGUUUCUUGGACAAUCUGGAAUCAACCAUGAUAUCUCUCAGUCCACGACGGGGAGUCCGCAAAAGGCGACGUCGCAUUUGCGAUGGAUUGUGGAGGCCCUGAUGGCAAUCACCAUAGCUGUCCUUCUGAUCCGUCCGCUAGUGCUCAACAAGGGCACGUCCAAGCCAUCUCCGGUACCAAGGCUUCCCCGAAAGGUGUACACGUUCGCUGAGGAUCCAAAGUACAUGCACGGGGACAUGUUCUUUGACGAGAAGGACACUCUUCAUACGCUCCACAACUGGAUCGAGUUAAGCUCGGCCAGCAGGGGAUAUGUCCAGUUUCACGAUGCAGCUUCUUAUGAUCUGCCAAAACCGUACAUCACGCCAGUGAAUCGUACCUCCGAUGGGCCAGGCUACAUGAUGUCUGUUUACCACCAACUUCACUGCCUAUCCUACAUCGUACGACACUUCCAAACCGGAUUUGCCGGUGUCGAGUUGACAGAAGAAGUCGCCCAUCACUCAGCCCACUGCUUCGACUACCUCCGUCAGUCCAUCAUGUGUGCUGCAGACACGACUCUAGAGGGGGAUACCGAGCUUGGCCCGGGCUGGGGCUCGAAGCAUGAGUGCACGGAUUACGAUGCAUUGCUGGAAUGGGCGAACGAGCACGCGACGAUGAAGUGGAGGAACAAUUUGCCGGAUGAGGCAACGCUCUGA